CUGUCUAAAUAUAGAUGUGAUAGAACAACUCAAUACUUCCAGCGUGUUUUAGUCUUCAUGUAUGUACAUAGUAUAUAAACAAACCGUCGUGUGGCAUUUAACAACAAAAAAUUAAAACCGCCGAAAUGGACAGUGAUUAUGUAUUUAAAAUCUUGCUUAUUGGAGAUUCUGGUGUCGGGAAGUCUAGUCUAAUGCUAAAAUUUACGGAUGAAUCCUUUACCGAGACUUAUAUCAGCACAAUCGGUGUAGAUUUUAAGAUCCGGACACUUGAAAUUGACGGGAAAACAGUGCGUCUACAGAUAUGGGAUACAGCAGGACAAGAGCGUUUCAAGACCAUCACGACAGCUUACUACAGGAACGCUGAUGGAAUACUGGUGGUUUAUGACAUCACGGAUAAGGAAUCUUUUCAAAAUGUGGCCAAAUGGCUAGAAGAUGUGGAGAAUUAUUCCAACAAGAGAGUGUACAAGGUGCUGGUAGGGAACAAGGCAGACUUACAGCCAAAAAGAGUGGUCAAUUAUACAGAGGCAAAGAACUUUGCAGACCAGCAUAAUAUCCCCGUAAUAGAAACAAGUGCAAAAACAUCUAACAAUGUAGAACAACUCUUUGAAUCCAUGGCAUCUCAACUCAAAGAUGCUAGUGACAAUGGAAGAACUCCAAUCAGAGAUGAUACACCAACUAUUAACAUCAAUAUUAACAGGAAGUCUGUCAAAAAAGAGAACUGCUUUUGUAGCUAAGAAUAACAAUCUGUAGAAGAUUACAAAAAGGAACAUGGUCCGUAGGCUAGGAUGGAGGGACCAAGCAACUCUUCUGCUCGAGUUGUUGGCAGUGUUACCUCUCCUGUGGACUGUGAAAAAAACCCCUCUGCAUAUCUCCAACUUGGAAAGAAUAAAACAAGGUCAACAUGAUUGAAAGUGUGCUUAUAGCUUUACUGUGAUAAUGUACAUUGACAUUUGUUUGUUUUUUGUUUUUUUGACAUUUGUUAUAAUAUCAAUCGUGCAAUAGUACAUGCAAAACAUUUACAUUUUCUGAUCACUAUUUCAAAUGUUUAUACUUCAUAUUUACAUUGUAUAAAAUCUUUGUAUAACUACCAAGGUAUACAUAUGUUUACAUCACCAAUAAUAUAUUUAAAGCAUUUUUGAUGCCUAGACACUGUUACAAAGGAAUGGACACUGCAACUGUGAUAAAGCAUGACAUUCCAAUUUACAUGCACUAAGCCUUAAUAAAGAACAAGGAAAAUUUUCCUUGGAUAUAAUGCACAUGUAAAUUCUUGACAUAAAAUGUACUGUUGAAAGGCAAACAGAGUCUUGCUUAAAAAUAAAAACAGCAUUGCAUGUUCUUUGCAAAGUCUA